AUGAGCAGCCCGAACAACCGACAGGCCUCCCAGCUCAUUGCGGGAUUUGGCUCGCCUACCCCUUUCAACGCACGAAUGAGCAUGCGACAGUCUAUUCGCUUCCAAGAGUCGCAAGCUCAACUUAAUCAGUCCACACAUGAUACCGAGAAGGAUGAGCUACGUGUGCAGCUAAGCACUCUCAGAUAUGAAUUGGAAAAUUUCAAACAAGAACGCGAACUAGAGGGGCUUCGCCAUGAGAAAGAGAUCCGAGACCUACAGGUGAAAGCAGAUGCGGACUUUCGAAAGGCCCAGGCAGCGGAAUCCUCGAGCAAUCGCGCAACCCACAAGAGUGAUGCGCUCGCGAAAGAACUCAAAGAAACACAAGACCGGUCCUUGGAUGCGAAAGCCGGAUUUGAGCGAAAGAUCAGAAGCCUUCAGGACGAGAACCAGAAAUUGCAGGAGGAGUUUGGGGACACACAAUCGCUGCUUUCCGACCAAGAACGGCAGUUUAAAUAUCAGAUCAACGAGCUGGAGACCGUGCGCGCCUCUUUGCAAAGAACGAUCGAAGAACUCCAGAAUGACCUCGAAAAUGCCCGGAGCAUACAACAAUCGACACAGGAAAAGCUCACCCAGCGUGAAGCUGACAUUGCCGAUCUCGAGGCCGCGAACAUUCGACUCAAAUCUGAAGGGAGCGACGCCGAUGCCCUGACUGUGCUCAAGAGAGAACUUUCUCAACAGGUCAGCCACAUCCGGGAGCUGGAGUUAACAAAUCGAGACCAAAGUUCGGAAUUGCGGAAACUACGGGAAAUUUCAAAGUCUGUCGGGGUCAUCGAAGAACAAAAGAGGUCACUGGAGAUCAAACUCCAGCUGAUGGACGGGGUGGAGGCCGAGCUCAAUACAGCCCAAAUUCAAAAGCAGAUUCUUGAAGAUGAGCGACAGACUUGGGCGAGCCUGUUGCAAGAGGGUGAUCAGCCUGCAGAGCUUGACUCGCCAGAAGCCAUUGUUAGAGCAUUGACCCGGGGACGAAUUGAGAACGCAAGCCUCACCGAUCGUGUGGAAGUAGUGGAAGCCAAAUUACUCAAAAAGGAUGAGACUAUCAGGUCUCUGGAAAAAGAGAAAUCCGACCUGCAACAGGAACUGGAGAAGGCCCGUAUUGCAGCCGCCACUGCUAUUGCGGGUCCUGGUGCUGCAGAGGCUCGCGUUCGAUCUCGUCUCGAGCGUCAGCGUGUGCUUGCCGUUAAAGAAGUUGAAUACCUGCGCGCUCAACUGAAGACCUUCGACACGGACGAAGAGACCAUGAACGGAGACCAGCCCCAAUUCGAUCAAAAGAAGUCAGAGCACAUCGCCCAACUCGAAAAACUACUCGACGAGUAUCGUGUUGAAAUCCAGCAGACGCACGAAGAGCUUUCCAAACGCGAGGCACCAAAGGAAGAUGACUCGCAAGCACGCGGUGUCAAGCGACCCCUAUCUCCAGCCGAUUCCGAGGCUGAAAGCGAGCGUAUCGCCGUGCUCACUCGCAAGAAUCGCAAACUCCAGGAACAUAUCGCCAAAUCAGAACAGGCUUCCACUCUAGCUCGUCGCGAGCUCGACGCCGCCAAGUCACAGAUCAAGCAUCUGAAGUCCAAGUCCCGCACACGUGUGCUUGAGUUGCGCGAUAACCCGACAUCUCAGGUUGAGCAAAUCAAAAUGACCACCCUCACAACUCUCCAGACAGAGAACCGGGACCUUCUAGCACAGCUGCGCGGUGAGCGCACAGGAGCCAAGGUCGUCCCAGUCAGCGCUGUCGAGAGUAUCAAGCUGGAAAUGCAAGAUAUGGAACGUACCGUUGCAGACAAAGAAAAGCGCAUGCGCCGCCUCAAGGAAAUCUGGACUGCCAAGUCCUCCGAGUUCCGCGAAGCUGUUGCCUCCCUUCUUGGCUUCAAGCUCGAUUUCCUUCCUAAUGGUCGAGUGCGUGUCACUUCCAUGUUCCAUCUCUCCUCUGCGUACCGCCACGGUGACAGCGAUGCCGCUUCGGACUCGGGUCCUGGUAGUAUGGGCAAUGGGGAAGAGAACUCCAUUGUCUUUGAUGGUGAGAACGGUACCAUGAAGAUCUCUGGCGGACCCAAUAGUCUCUUCGCUAUGGAAAUUAAGCCACUCAUCAAAUUUUGGGUCGAGGAACGGAAGGAUAUUCCUUGUUUCCUCGCGGCAAUGACCUUGGACUUUUAUGAUAAGACUACCCGCGCUGCUAGAAUGUGA